UAUUUUAGGGAUGCAAUAUGUACUUUUAUAAAAUUAUAAGGUGCACGUGUAACGUCGCACUUUCAACUACAACAGUAUUUGCUGCGAAGUGUCACACACGAUUUAGAAAGAAACCCAAACAUGGUUCACGAUAUCUGACAAAUUCAAAAAGUGUAUUUGAGUUCAAUGCCUGGGACAAUGUUCAGUGGGAUGCAGCCCAGGAAGAACUGGCUAAGUGCAAGGUGACAGAAAAUUCCUCUGUUUUUGCCAGUGAAAGUGACCAAGAAAAGUAUGAAGUGAGGGCAAGUGAAUACUGGGAUGCUUUUUAUGGUAUCCAUCAAAACAGGUUUUUUAAAGACAGACAAUGGCUUUUCACAGAGUUUCCAGAAUUAGUCACUGACAACAAGUGUGUUAAAAUUAAAAAGGAGCAAGUGACAGAUCAGCUCGGGGCAACUGAUGACGAAAGCACAAAACCGUAUACUUCUAAAAAUACGCAAGACGGAGUCGAACAGUUGUCAGAACAUCUAGGAAAUGUGUUAACGACGGACAGCAAAAGAAAAGGAUCUACAAUGAUCCUUGAAAUAGGCUGUGGUGUUGGCAAUACCGCGUUUCCAAUCCUUCAGCAUAACGCAGACACAGACGUGUUUGUGUUCUGCUGUGAUUUCUCAUAUGCAGCCAUACAGUUACUUCGGGACAAUUCUGAGUAUGACCCAAAGAGAUGUCAAGCAUUUGUAUGUGACGUAACACAAGACUGGCAGCCUCCAUUCCAACCAAAUAGUUUGCAUAUUGUUGUGAUGAUAUUUGUCCUUUCAGCAAUUCACCCAGACAAGAUGUCUCAUGUAGUGGCAGAAAUUUACAAAUAUCUACGCCCUGGUGGUUUACUAGUUUUCCGUGAUUAUGGUCGUCACGAUAUGGCACAGUUACGUUUCAAGAAGGGACGUUGUCUGUCUGACAACUUCUAUGUGAGAGGUGAUGGAACUAGAGUCUAUUUUUUCACCCAAACUGAAGUGAAGAGCCUGUUUGAAGGAGUUGGCUUUGAAGAGGUGCAUAAUAUUGAGGAUCGUCGUCUGCAAGUGAAUCGAGGAAAACUACUUACUAUGUACCGUGUAUGGAUACAAGCUAAAUAUAGAAAACCUUGCUGAUUAUGCACAUUGAGUAGUGCAACUUCUAUAAAAUGAAUAUGAAAAUAAAUAACUCAUCGCAAGAUGGAUACUACAGAUGCCAUACAGCUACUUACAGCAGACAUUGUUACUUGUCUUGGCUGGACUGUCCAUAUUCCAGAUCUUGUUUGCUCCAGUUUCUGCGAUCUUGGACUUCUUUGGGACAGCGUAUGCAAUUAUUUUUAAAAUGAAACAGACAAGUUCAUCAGUGGCAAGGCAUCUGUCUUUCACAGCAGCAUACAAUCAUGUUCUCCAUUUAUGCAGUAGAUUUGUUUCUGAAAAGCAAGAUUUACAUCAGGCCUGUACAACUUGAAAGUACAUGUGGACCAAAAUGCAAACUAUGGAGGUGCUUCGGGCCACAGUAUCAUAUGUUCUAUAUGAUAAUUACAUUAAUUAAAAGUAUGUGAAUGUUAUGCAUUAAUUAUAUGUUAUUAAAUACAUUAAUGUUUUAUAUUAGAAGAAAAUUUUAAAAAUAAUGAAGAGGCAUGAAGAAAAAUGUGAGAUCUCAUCUGUACUUAUUUGAAAAUAAAGUCAUGUUUUAUUAUACUUCAUUAAUUUUUAAAGAUGAUUUUUCAGUGGCCUGGGUGUGGUUGAGCUUAUCACCCCUGGGCCAGGGAAAACCUUUCUGGGGGCUGUAUGCUGUGCAGGCCUGAUGUAUAUCAAUAGCUAAAAUGUGUCCUGUAAUUUAUUCCACAUCAGGGAUGAGGAAUUUCUUAAUUGCCCACCACCUCAGCCUCCCCUUCCUCUAAUCCUAUAUAAAUCCAAACACUUUCCAGUAUUGGCACUUCAGCCCUGAAGAUGAAGACAGUAUGUUUCUCUGAAUCACUGUCAUCUACUGAUGAGUCUAACCCAGAACAUCAACAGCAUGAAAACCUCAGAUCACAUUCCAUCGCAGUCUGGAAGGUAAUAAAAACAAGGAGUAUGGCAAAGGGGGAGGAUAUGGGGUACAAGCAAAUCACUUUUCAUUUUUAAAAAGUGCCGUCACAAAGCAAAACAUCCACCUUCACCUUCCAUUUUCAGAUCUUGAUUUAAAAUAUUUCUUUUGCCUCUUUCACUGCUAAAUUUUCUUGACAAAGUGUCUUGCAUGCAAAUCCAAAAUAUACUUGUAUUAUAUGCUUUCUGGAUAUUUACAUUUCAGAAUCAGAUUCAAACAAAAUGGCCAAAAAAUACUAGGCUCUUCCUUUUAAAUUACAUUUUAUCAAAGUUACUCAUGUGAUACCUGCCCAUCCACACACAACACACACGUAAAAACUGGUUAUCAGAAUUUGUGUUCUUGAGGGGGGGGCGAUUGCAGUGAAAGGGUUAAAGAAACACGAAUAAAUUUAUAGUGUGUCAUUUCAAACUCGUAACCAGCUCUGUAUUAUUAUUUUGUUGGGAGGUCUUGAAAUAUAAACUUACGUAAUACAGGAGAAAUGGUUGAUUCACAUAAAUAAAUCUUUAUAUUAAUUUUAACACAAGUUUAUUAUGAGUGCCUUAUGUUCAAAGGCAUAAAUAUCAUAAACAGCCAAUAGGACUGAAACAUCCCCUCCCCCCAGAAAAGGAGAAACUUGGAGAGGGUGGUUUGAACACAUGUUUGUCUCAGUUAUACUUCACACAGUUUUUGAUGACAUGAUGUGUACUUAGUGAAAUUUAGGCACAGUUUGAAUGGACUGCUAGUAGUCAUAAAAGACUGUGCCAAGUAUGUGUUAAUAAACGUACAGUACCUCUAGUGCAAUGAAUCAAUCCUAUCACUCAAAACUAUGGAAAUCUAAGGUAUUUCCUACAUACUUUCUCAAAAUUGCAAUAUUAUAUUUACGUCCUGUAAAAUUUCAUGUGCAUAUUAAAGAUAUAGCUAUAUUCGUCUA